AUGGGAAUUGUAGUUCGUGGUUGCAACGGCCAGCGCUCAGUGAAUCUCUUGAAUGUUAUCGCUCUCACGAAAAACAAUCUGGCCGAUUGCUUUUUGGCCAAGGAUGGAUGUGGAUGGCUUCACAGGCGCAGCGGCGCUAAAUGCUGUCGCUUCGUUCGACAUUUUGCUUCCACCUCCGAAAUUGAGGUCGCUGUGCUGGUCGGACGUCGGCUGGCCAGGCAAAAUGAAACGUCUUCAUGUAGUUGA